AGAGACAGAAUCUUGUUUCAGUUCUGUUUACUCAAUUCCUUUUUUUUUUUUUCAGUUUGGAUGAAUUGUUCUGUGCAAAUCAAAGUAUGUUAAGACACUACAAUCUGGGACCUCCUCGGGAAGAAAAUCGAUUAGAUACGUUUACCAAUUUGAGUUGUUUGGGAAGAACGAUAUUGCAUAUAUCUUUAAUCAACCAACAACCAAACAAUUUCGGUAUUAAAUGUGACAUAGUGGUGGUAAUGAAGGAUGGAAUUGUUUCCAUGAAAGCUUUGGCUACACACUUGACCAUUUGGUCGUUUAUCAAUUUGUUAUUUUUGCUCUAGAAUGGAUCAAAUUUGUGUUGAAAGCUUGUUAUGUGCAAUUUCAUGUUCUUUGAGAAGUAUCUGUUCGAUGCAAACGAUGGAGUUUCUUAUUGGUCAGUGCUUAGUCUUUCAUGAAUUGAUUUGAUUGCUAAUAAGAGUACGGUUUCUACUUCAACGGGGAGCUUUUGCAAAUGGGUGCGCCAAAGCAGAAAUGGACAGCUGAAGAAGAAGCUGCCCUUAAAGCAGGAGUGAUCAAGCAUGGGGCCGGAAAAUGGCGCACAAUACUCACAGAUCCAGAGUUCAGCUCAAUUUUGCAUCAGCGCUCAAAUGUGGAUCUCAAGGAUAAAUGGAGAAACAUAAAUGUUACUGCAAUUUGGGGGUCUAGGCAAAAAGCUAAGCUCGCACUUAAAAAGAAUUCGUUGGCCCUAAAACAUCAUGAUAAUUCUAUGGCAGUAAGCACCGUGCUUCAGAAUGAGGAGAUUGUUGAUGCUAAGCCACUUGCAGUUUCAAAUGGAACAACUCGUACUAAUGGUCCAAAAGAACCACUUGCAAGAUUGGACAAACUUAUAUCAGAGGCCAUUAACAACCUAAAGGAGCCAAGGGGUUCUGACAGGGCUGCAAUUGCUAUGUACAUAGAGGAACAUUACUGGGCCCCGCCAAACCUUAAAAAACUCCUUUCAACGAAACUAAAGCAUAUGACUGCAAAUGGAAGGUUGAUAAAGGUAAAGCAUAAGUACAGAAUUGCUCCAACUUCAGCCUUAUCUGGAAAAAGAAACGUUCCAUUAUUACUCCUGGAGGGCAAGCAGAUGGAUUCUUCGAAGGCUGAAAAGGGUGAAGUCAAAAUCAUUACUAAAUUCCAGGUUGACUCGGAACUUUCAAAGAUGAAGGUAAUGACUGCAGAGGAGGCAGCUAUAGCUGCCGCACGUGCAGUAGCUGAGGCAGAGGCUGCCAUUGCAGAGGCCGAAAGGGCUGCAAAAGAGGCAGAAGAGGCAGAGGCUGAAGCUGAAUCAGCACAAGUUUUUGCUGAAGCAGCAAUGAAGGCAUUGGAGUGCAGAACGUUCCCUACCAGAAGUCCUAUUCAGAAAGUUCUUCUCCAAGAUAACAAAACUUUGCAAUGACAACUGUAGGCAAUGUGUUCUGAGAAGAUGAAGCUGCUGCAGCAUUGCCAUCUGCAAGUGGAUGUAUCUAAAAUGUAGAUAUUGUUAGCAUUGUAAAUCGGCAUAAUGCGAUUGCCUUUUGAGAAAAACAGCUUCUGGGGAUCAAAUCAUCGGAAAUGUAUGUCGGUAAUGUGAUUCUAAAAUCAAAAAAAUGGUAAAAGAUUUUGGAGAGGUAGAUAUACGUACGUAAUCUGCAAAUGCUGUUUUCUAGGCAGACUUUUUGUGAUCCUAAGAGUAAAUCAAAUUUAUAAAUUAAGAUAU